AUGGACGAUAGUUCUAUCAGUGACAGUCAAGGGUCAGAUGGUAUAUUUUUCAAUAAGCAGGGCAAGUUCUGUAUACCCUGCACUGCAUUCCGUGGGUUCCAGUACGUAGCUGCAGGACUGCGCACCCGGUACGAAAAUUAUAAGAGCAAUCAGGGAUCAUCCCCAACGGUAAUAAUGAAUGACAAUGACAAGAUCCCUGGUUCAAGGAGCUAUCUCAAGGAGGAUCCACCCGAUGUCCAGAAGCUUGGAGUGGCAUCAUGGGAUUUUCUACACAGUAUGGCUGCUAAGUACCCAGAUCAACCCACGGUGACCCAGGAGGGUGAGAUGAAAGAAUUCCUCAAAAUCUUCUCCCAUGUAUACCCAUGCCAUUGGUGCGCUAAGGAUUUUGAGAAGUACAUAGAGAAACAUGCACCAAGGACCAAAUCGAAAGAAGAUCUCAGUAGAUGGAUGUGUGAGGCCCACAAUUCUGUGAAUGGUAAAUUGGGCAAGCCAAAAUUUGACUGUAAUUUUUGGAAGCAGAGAUGGCAAGAUGGAUGGGAAGACCAACAACAGAGCACGGUUCUAGAGAAACAAAAUUAA